AGAACAAAAAUUUCAUUUUAGGAAGUUUUGUUAUCAAAUUAGAAUUUUUUUUUGCAGCGUCCAUUUAGCAAAACUUACAGCUCCCCGAAUGAAAUCUCGAAAACGGCGCAAUGAAUAACUAAACGUAGAAUUGAGAUGGAGACUCCGUAUUGAGGUCUAUUCUUUGAUAAACCAUAAUUAAAUGAUCUCAUUCGAUCGUUCAGUUGUUCUAAGGUAAAAAAUCUAAUUUUUUUAUUUCUAUUCAAGAUAAAAGAAUGCAAAAUAAUUUUGUUCAUCACAAAGUAAACUUGAAUCUUUAGUAAAAACAGUUUUUAAAUAUUUUUUAUCUAAUUUGCAAAAUCUACAAAUAGAAGAACCAGUAAAACCGAGAAUUGAGUGUAAACCAAGAUAUCACAUAUACAUCGUAUCAAAAGAAAACAUGUACAUAUGUAUAGUAUAUAAUUUAUAUAUAUUCUAUAUCUUUUUUAUAGAAAAGAUAUAAAAAAAAAAUAUAAAACAGAUAUUUGCAUAUCUGUCGAAAUUAAGAUACGAACGAAGAUAUACUCGAGAUAUAACUUUUUUACGUAGGCAUACUCCAUUCGAAAACUUAAGCAUUUAGCGAACUAGGCAUAUUUCACCGACAAAGUGCGCAGGCUUGUAAUUUACUUUUUAAUGUCGUAUUUUCGAUGAGUCAGUACCAUGUUUCAGCUAUAUUGAGUAACGUCGUGCUUUGAUCAAACUACACAUCUGGUUUGUGAGCUAGUGAUAAAUAUAGCAUCCGGAAGAAAAAUCUGAAAAUACCCAGUGUCAUGGGUAAUAGUGAGACGAAGUUAUCAAGCAAACAUUUUACAUUAACCGAAGAUAACUCCAAAACAAACCAAGUUAGCAUAGAAGGAAUGAUUCCUACUGUACCCGGAAAACCGAUACUUAUACCAGUGUUAUCUACGGACUUGGAUGCGGUUGAAAUUUGCUGGGAAAGGUCGUUAAAUCGAGAUGAAUCAUCAUUCUUGGGGUAUUUGAUCGAACAUCGACGUCUUGGAUCUCCACACUGGAUUCAAUCAUUACCCAAUUUGUGUAUACUACCACAAUCAACGAUUGCGGGGCUAGAACCAGGAUGGCGAUAUCACUUUCGAGUUAGAGCUAAAAACUGUUAUGGUUUUUCACAACCGAGUGAAAUAUCAGAUCCACUAACCGUAACUCUGCAAUCUUCAAAUACUUCGGCUCCUCAGUUUGAAGUUGGUUUACACGAUACAACUACCUUAGAGAAUGAUCGGGUGGAAUUCCUUGUUCAAUUUAUUGGUAUUCCUAUUCCAAAAAUAUCAUGGUUUAAAGACGACUUUGAGAUAUUUAGCAGUCGUAGAACUAGGAUUAUUACUGAAAAUGGAAAAAGUACUCUGCUCAUUUAUCAAACUUCUCUGAGUGACGUGGGUCAAAUCAAGUGUACAGCUGUGAAUAAAGUUGGCCAUGUGAUGACUCAAGCAAAUCUAAUUCUUGAAGCACCACCAAAAAUACGCCUACCUCGUCAAUACGAAGAUGGUUUGCUUUUUAAGCGUCAUGAAACUAUCUGGUUAAAAGCAUUUAUCGCCGGCCGACCUUUACCGAACGUAACGUGGUUUCAUGACUCAACAGAGAUCCAUUCUGAUAAUAGACAUGUGAUAGAGAUUUCUGAUUCGGGAGAGUGUCGUAUGAAAAUAGAUGGAGCAAAAAGAACAGACAGAGGAGAGUAUACCGUGCGAGCUAUUAACAAAGUUGGAGCAGAAGAAGCAUCGUUUCUAGUGACUGUUACCGACCGACCAGCGUCUCCUGGGAAAGCAAAAGUUACGAUGACUUUGGGAAGAUCAAUCACUUUGUCAUGGAAAGAACCAAGUGAUGAUGGUGGUUGCAAAAUAGGAAGCUACAUCGUAGAAUAUUACCGAGUUGGGUGGGACGUUUGGCUAAAAGCUACCACAUGCCGACAACCACAAACUACUAUCAGUGAGUUGUUCGAAGGAUCAGAAUACAAAUUCCGAGUGAAAGCCGAGAAUCCAUAUGGAGUUAGUGAAAUGAGUGAGGAAAGUGAUAUAAUUAUCAUCCCAGAUUGUAAAACAGGAUUAAAUUAUACUGCUCAGAAUGCUAUGUCGAUAUCCAAUAUGACAAAAGUAUACCAAAAUCACAAAGAGAAAGAUCUUCAUCGAAAACAAAAAAAAAACUACAAUGAAAUGGUGAAUUUGACAGUUGCUGCGUUAUCUGACGGUUCAGAAAAAUAUGAGGUAGGAUCAUUCCAUCCAGUUUCAAUUGAGGAAUCUGGCCAGAGCAACGCACGAAAACUUUUAAAAAACGAGAGCAAAGUGACUUUCUCCGAUGCAACACCGGAUCUAGAAUUUGCACGUGCAUCGCAAACUCCCUUAAACUCUAACGCCGAUAAUCAUUCCAAUCUUCAUUCUCAAUAUCAGAUCAGUGACAAGUUUCUUAAAAAAAAUCCUACAGGAUUAAGCCAACAAUCUAGUACACCAAAUCAUCUCAUAUCUAACUUGAAUAGUGAAAAUGAUUGUACCUUUUCCAAAAAGAAAAUGAAUUUAAAGACUCAUAAUGAACAGACAAAUACGAGAUUUUUUGAUUGCAUGAAAAACACCGAGAUUACGGAAAAUAAAGAAAAAAAUAUGAUUCAUAGUAACGCGAAUGAUCCGUCGAUUAUUUUGAGAAAUGCAAUUGAAGACUAUAAUCAUUUGACAGUGUGCACAUCUGAUGAAGAACCCAAGGAAAUUAAUAAAAACUUUUGUCCUUUUCCACGAUCUAUUUCUUUCCCGGAACUAUUUCUCCGUGAUUCUCAGAUAACAAAAGUCCUUCGGAAUGCUGUCAGUUUGACUGAAUUAUUACAUGAAUUUGAUGUCGAAAACUUUUUUGAAGUUUGCAAUAAAAAACAAUCAACCAAGAUCAUUGAGAUAAAAAAAAAAUUUGUAACUAUCGAAAAACCAAUUCCAAUAUCCAAUGAAAGUAACAAAAAAAAAAAGUCAGAAAUGAUUUCUUUUUCGAACAGUGAGCCGUAUACCUGCAAAUAUUCAGAGAAUUCAGGAUCUUCAAGUUCUCAUCUCAAAGCUAAGCAGUAUAAUUUACAUUCACAUCAAAAUCCGACGAUUCAAAAUACAAAGUUGAAGAACGACCUUCAAUCGAACGCAGGAUCAUGUGGUAUCCAACCAAAAUCAAUUCUCAAAAAAUAUCCAAUAAUUAGGCCAAUUGUUACUAAUCGAUGUACAGAGCCCCUAUCUGUGUGCACAAACCAACCAUAUGCUGAAAUAUCUCCAGAACAGUUUUCAUUACAAAAUAGUACCUCAAAAGCCACCAAUGACGAUACUCACUCACUCAGUGCUGGAGGAGCUGCCCAACGGUGUAGAAAAUUCAUUGCUGACCGAAAAUAUGAAGGCAUGUCUUCUAUUGCAAAUACAGAAAAUUUUGACUGCGAAAGAGCACUUAUCGACUAUUAUGCAGGGGUUGUCAAAAAACAUUCAUUAUGUACAUCUCAAAUUCAAAAACUUGAACCAUCAGAAAUUCCUGCCUCGACAGGUGACUUGAUAUAUGAUAAGGAUAUCUCUCAUAAAAAACUAUCAAAAAAAUUUGACAUGACGGAUAAGCAUACAGAACUCAUUCAUGAGUCUGAUAUUGAAGAAGAGAUCCCAACAUCCGAAAAAAGGCAAAAGAAUCCACAAGCAAUAAGUUUGAAAUCUGAACUAACAUUAAAUGCUUCAUUUCCGAAAAAUCAGAAACUUUGCAGUUAUAAACCUUUUUUUCAUGAGAGCGAAAAUCGAGUUGAACAAAGAGAGCCAAUUUUUGAAUCUUGCUCCAAGACAGAAUUGAUAAAAAUACAUUCAAUUCAAAAUAAAGUGAAUAAAAAGCUGAAUAACAAGGCUGAUAUUAAUAUUCGGAGCAUCACUGGUUAUACUAUUGAUAUGACUCUUCUCAUAGCAGCAACAUACAUUUAUUUCUUUAAAAAAGAGAUUUUUGCGAUCCCGCUAAUUGGACUAUUACUUUACCGAAAAAUUCUCGAAAAGUUCGGAUUUAAAAGUCAAUGAUGUACCAAUAAUUAAUAAGUUGAUAAAUAAAAAAUCAUAUCUUUGAUAUAAACAGUAUUCAAAGAUGUCAACAAUAUAUUCUCCGCAUAAAUUUUUUUAUUUUAUUAAAGCAUAAAUCGGAGAUCUAUAAGCUAUCUAGCCGUGAUGAGCAGACCUCAACAACCAAAAUGAGGCCCACCAUUAGCAUCAGUACGGAUUGUACAAAUUUAUCACAUGCAUACCAACAAAAUAUUAUAAAUUCCAAUCGCAACCAAUUUUAUGAAUUUAGUUUGAACUACAUCUCAAAAUUAUUACAACAAUAAGUUGCAAAAUAAAUAUAUCAUAGUGUAUCAAGAAAAAUCUAAAUUAUUUUAUCUACGGAUUGUUUUCAUCAAAUACAAAAAGUUUUAAAUAACAAUUUUUUAAUUAUAAUUUCCAAACACACGAAAACUAAAUUUCUUAUUUCAUUCGUUCUAGAAAAUAAUAAUCUUGAUGUAUAGACGGUUGCUUUGAUUAUUCGUUUGAUUUCGUAUUCUAAUUAUUAGUAAUUAAUAGGAGUCAGUUAUUAAAUAAAGGUUGACGGCUGGUUAUUGAGGAGAGUC